CGGCCUGGGCUGCUACGACGAACUACCUCUGAUAAUUCGCUGCCUCUCGAGCGAACCAUGUCAGGAACAUCUUCCCUCGGUGACGACUCGAGAUUCGAAAACGUCCAGGAUCAAGUGAACAGUCGCCUAAAAGCCAUCAAAGAUAGUUUCCGUGACAGCCUACAAGAUUCCAAUCUUGGGAGGCUGAGCCUCCCAAAUUUGACAAGUAUUUCUUCCAAUCGCGGAGCAAACUUGGACAUGGGAAGAAGCCCGACCGAGCCGGUGCGUGGUCUGCAGCGAAGCGAUAGCCUUAGAAAGAAUUUGAUACCCAACUUCAUGUCAAGCGGUCCAAGGGAUCGAAGCGGGUCAUCGAGGGGUAGUCGACUGACCAGCGAUCGCCCUGCAAGCACGGCUUCAUUGGAAGGCACCGCUUUUCCUCUUCUCUCGCAUGCAUUGGAGGAACUGACAGGCGACGUUGUCAUUAUGGGUGGUUAUCGUGGAUCGAUUUUACGGUCAGCGAAGCCACCGCAUAGACAGCUUUGGAUUCCAGUCAAGGUUGGCCUAAAUCUUCGUCGAGUCGACCUUGAAGUUGGCCUCGAGCCAGAAGACGAGGAACGAAUGGAAGAAUCAGUUAUUCCUUCGGGAAUGCUGACUCACAUUGGACCAGUCGACAUCUCUCGGCGUCUGUUCAGGAAGCUCAACGCGUCAGAGAAUGCAAAGUCUGGGCGGCUGCGCGUUUGGGAUUACGGAUACGAUUGGAGAUUGAGUCCUCAUCUUCUGAGUCGGAAAUUGAUAGAGUACCUCGAACGUCUCCCUUGCAAUAAAACAGGUCCAGGAGGGCGGCCGCAAGGAGCAACCGUGAUUGCCCAUAGCCUUGGUGGGCUCAUUACUCGCCACGCCGUCAACCAACGCCCUGAGCUCUUCUCUGGCGUGGUAUAUGCGGGCGUGCCUCAUCACUGUGUCAAUAUUCUUGGACCAUUCCGAAACGGAGAUGAGGUCCUGUUGAGCUCCCGAGUGCUGACAGCUCAAGUCAACUUUACUUUGCGCACGAGCUUUGCAUUAUUGCCGGACAAUGGCAAGUGCUUCUUCGAUAAACGGACGAAAGAGGAGUAUCCCGUUGACUUUUUCGAUCCCGACGCUUGGAUCGAAAACCGAUUCUCACCUUGUAUCAGCCAGCCGCUUCCACCACUGGUGAACGCCAGCAACGGCAGCUUUGGCGGGAUUUUUGGAAGCGUAGCAGAAAAUCUGUCGAACCUUUCGAUACCGGGCAAGAAGUAUCUUACUCUUGGCGUUGGGACUACUGUCAAGAACCAAGAGCAAGAGAAUGGAAACACUUCCAGUCCGAGUCCCACCAGAUCAGCAAACCACGCGGAUGGUCAUCGACGGGGCUCCCCUGCAGCCAAGGUAGCAGAAGCAGCAACGCAUAAUCCCAAUAGCAACGUCUCCACAACGGUGACCAUGCCACGCGAAGACGCUCUCCGGUAUCUCCGACGGAUACUGGCCGAAGUGAGGCAAUUCAAAGAAGAACUCUAUUAUCGCCCUGAACUCGCCGAGUCCAAUCGGUACCCGCCCAUAGCUGUGCUCUAUGGCAAAUCCAUACCAACAGUGUACGGGGCCCGUGUCGAUGGCCGCGAGGGCAUCAAACAUGCUGAUGCCUAUGAUGAUUUGGCUUUUGCCAGCGGCGACGGCGUGUGCCUUGCACGCGCGGCCAUGCCGCCUGAAGGGUACCGCGUUGCGAAAGGCGGCAAAGUUUCUUCAGAACGAGGCCAUGUUUCUCUAUUGGGCGACCUCGAAGGCGUCGGCAAAUGUCUGAAUGCAAUUAUCAAUGGCAGGCGCAAGGGAAUC